CCGACAUAAAUUAUUUUCGAAUGUGCAUGCCCGCACCACUACAUCCAUGAUAACACGCCGAAGUUGAAAGUGAUAAAAUAUGAAAUUCUCUCACUAUUCACAUAAAUCGAUAUCUAUCGAAUUACAAUUGACAUUUGGUCUGUUUAUAGAAAAAAAAAAAAGCAAAGGUGUUUGUAAACAGUGUACAGGUUCAUGACUAGAAGUUGGAGAAGCGAAGGAUAGAAAACCGACGAAAUAAUUCGUUUCUAACCACAAGGAAAUGCCUCGAAGUGUCCGUGCAGCCGGUUUUGUAAUUUUUAGGUACAUCAGCAGUAAAAUUGAGUACCUAUUACUACAGGCGUCAUAUGGGGAGCAUCAUUGGACACCUCCAAAAGGUCAUGUAGAUCCGGGAGAAUCUGAUAUUACAACUGCAUACAGAGAAACUGAAGAAGAAGCUGGAUUAAAGAAAGAUGAUUUGAAAAUUUUUGAAGAUUUUGAAAAGACUCUACAGUACAACGUUCGUGGACGACCAAAAGAAGUUGUUUACUGGCUUGCCCAGUUAAAGAAUAUAGAUACUCCAGUGCAACUGUCAAAGGAACACCAAGAGUACAAAUGGCUUGAACUUCAAGCAGCAUGUGAACUGGCAAAGUAUUCUGAGAUGCAGAAGCUGCUACAGGAAUGUGAUAGUUUUUUAAUGUCAAGAAGUUCUUUAUGAAUUACUGAUUUUUGUCUCGUGGAAGACAUUGCUGUGUAAAUGUGUUGAUAUAUCUAAUGCCUUUGUAAAUUGCAAAGCUAUCAUAUGUUGUCCAGAUGCAUUAUGUUUGAUGUAGGGAAACUAGAAAAAUUUUAAGCCUGAUUCUUGUUUACCACUGCAAGCAGGUUCAAAGGUAACUUGAUCUUCAUGGCUGUAUUUUACUUCCUGUGACCCUAGAUACAGUUUACAUAUAUAUUGUCAAAUAAUCAUAUUUGCAGGUAUGAAUUCCUCAGUGAUGUUUUGUAAUGGAUAGAGUACACUAGGUGGAGAACAUAAAGUUGAAUAAGAGAGCCAGAAAACUUAAAAUGCAGUAUUUUGUCAGACAAAAACAUUGUAUUUCUGAUAGUGAAAUGCAAAUAAGCAAAUCAGAUAUUAUAUAAAAUUUAAAUAAUUAUA